UAAAUUUAUUGUACACUGAUUGAGUUUCGAGCUGAUUCGAAUAAGCACGAGUCAUCUCGAGUCGAGGUUGACCAAGUUGAGUUCGGGUGGCUCGUAAGCAGUUAUUAUAGGCUUAUAGCCGGAGGAAGACACCGUAAUAAGUGAGCUGAUCGCAUAGUUAGAAGCAGAAAUUCGAACCUCAUCGCCCGCGAAACUCCCGAUCACUCAGGCAAGUCUUGCCGCUUUCGUUGGUUUGAUCAACUUUAUCAUUCUAUCAAACGUAAACCUUUUUCCGCUUGAAACAAUUCGAUUCAAUGGUUCGGAAGCGCUUCCCAGAUGCACCAACAGGUAUUCAAUGGGCUAAAGUCUUGAAAAAAGUGGGUUUAGGGAGGGAAGAUUGGUACUUUUGGAAGCAAGUGGGUAAGGCAUUGUUAUGCACCUAUGCAUUGUUUGGGGCAGCUUGGGUUUACAAUGAAACAUCCCCACUUGGGUGGUGGACGUUGAAGCCUCGUCCUAAGGAGGAGAAAGAACUGGCUCAUCUCUACGAAAGGCGACAAUUUCCGUACCCGGGUGACAAAGAAGCCAUGGAAGAGUUUGUUGCUAAGGGAGGGAUGAUUGGCACUACCAUUGGUCCGAAAGGGACGGUUGAUACUGAUAAGGAUUCGUUCAACUAUCAGAAGGAAUUGCAGAACAAGAAGUUUGAGCAGGAGGCUCACAAGCUGUGGUUUAGGAUGAGGAAUGAAGUAAUUGCUGAACUUCAAGAAAAGGGCUUCGAUGUCGAGUGAUGUGACUUGAAUGACGAUGCAAGAAGUAAGCAUAAAACUUUUAUGUAAGGUCCUGGAUUUGAGCUUUAAAAGAUUUUAGGUACGAACAUAACUAUUGCUUGAGUAGAACUUCAAGGAUGAAAUAAUAUGAAAACUGGGCUAAAUUAUUCCUAUACGGAUCAGUUUGGCUUGUGGCUAGUAUUAGAAAUGACUGAACAAAUGAGGUUUGUUGAGUUCAUGUUGUUAUAAAGCACUAAUAGUGGUUGAUGGUAAAACGUUGUAUUUUAGUGGUGGCCAGUUGGCGUAGAGAAACAUAAGAAGUUGAUAGUUUAAAUUGUUAGGUUCAGAAAAACAUAAGCAGUACUAUCUGUUGGGCAAUCUUCGUUUAUUUGUUAUGUAUAUGCACCUGAAGAAUAAUAGUGAAACGCUAUUAUUGUGUGGAA